AUGAGCCAAAGCACUCAGAGGAAAUACCGUGCGCCUUUUCGACCGAUCGAUACCUUCUCCUCCGCUCAGAAGCCUGCCUUCAAGACACCAGCGGCCACCAAGCCCACGUACACAUCCGAAGAUAGCGACUACCCUCACGAACAGUCGACUUCCCUACUCGGCGAUUCGAGCAACCUCUUCGACGAUAUUGAGAGCCCUGCGAGCCACACGAAACAGAAGGCCGACCUCCAACACAGACUCAAGAUGGUGCGUGAGAGAGAGCCUCCCGUGGCUCCCCCACCACGAGAUGGAACGGCGCCCCCACCAAAGCCUCUACAAGACCUCAGAAAUACAGCACCACAGUUUGGAGAGACUAGCCCGUUGAGGAACCCUCUGAAGAAGGACCGCAGCAAAGAGUUUGCUCACCUCUUCAACAAGCCCAAGCCAGGACAGAUGCGGCCGGAGCAUAGCCAGACGACCAAACUGCCGUCGCAAUACUCUGGAGCUUCUAGACCGUUGCAGAAUUCAGCUGCUAGCGGAAGUACCGAUCCUCUACAGCGACCCUUCAAGGUCCCGUCUAUGUCGUCAAGUUCGCGUUACAGCACGGCGUCUACCUCGUCGACUGGUUCAGACAUCUUCGAAAUUCCCGCCUCCCAGUUCCAACCCAGACCGUCCCAAGGCGGUCCUGUACCUAUCGCCCGACCAUACAACCCCGCAGCCAAGACUAGUCUUCCACCUCCUCGACCGAUCUAUUCCUCUAUGGGCCACGCCGAUAACUUCGCGCCGUUGAACAAAGGAACACACAACCCGCUACAACAAGCGCGCCAGACGGUUAUAUUGGACGAUGAAGACAAUUUCGACCCAGAUGAGGCCAUCCGAAGAGAGGGUAGUCGAUUUGGCGAGCCAGAUCCAUACGCCUACGUCGACCCUGCUGCGACUAGCGAGAACAUCAAGGCGCUACUUGAGGGCGCUUUUGAUGAAGAAAACGAGAAGAUUCCCAGGACGCGUCUUCGUAAGAAGAAGAAGCAACAAGAGGAAGACGUUGGCAACUCUCUAGCUGACCGGUUACAAGCGCUUGCCGUUAAGGACGAGGAAACUAAAGCCGAGGCUGAACCUGAAGAGGAAGAAGAAGAAGAUGACGGCACAGUGGAAGGUCUCAAAGUGAAGCUCUUGCCUCAUCAGGUCGACGGUGUGGCUUGGAUGAUCGAGAAGGAGACUGGCAAUCACAACAAGAAGGCCAAGUUGCCAAAGGGCGGUAUAUUAGCAGAUGACAUGGGUCUCGGAAAGACUGUACAGUCUCUUGCGCUCAUUCUCUCAAACCCUCGACCGGAAAAGGGCGUGGAGCCAGAGAACAAGAAGAACAAGAUAUCCGAUUCCACCGGCAAGGGCACUCUCGUCAUUGCUCCACUAGCACUGAUCAAGCAAUGGGAAGCUGAGAUCAAGGACAAAGUCACCAAGUCGCACGCUCUCAAAGUCCUCGUACACCACGGUCCCAACCGCACAGAGUCAGCCGAGAAGCUGAAGCAAUACGACGUCGUUAUCACCACCUUCAACAGCUUGGCGACCGACUUUGCGAAAUGUGGUGACGGCCCCGAUGGUCUGAAGAAGGGCUGUUUCGCCGUGUCAUGGUAUCGCAUCAUGCUGGACGAGGCCCAUACCAUCAAGAACCGCACCACGAAGAUGGCCAAGGCUUGUUACGAGCUGCGCUCGCAUUACCGAUGGUGCCUUACUGGUACACCAAUGCAGAACAACAUCGACGAGCUACAGAGUCUGAUCAAGUUCCUUCGUAUACAACCGUACUGUGAGCUUUCGGCUUGGAAGGACUCUAUAGCGCAACCAAUGAAGAACGGUCGAGGCAACCUUGCUAUGAAGCGACUGCAGGUAUUUCUGCGUGCUUUUAUGAAGCGUCGCACGAAGGACGUCCUGCGCAAAGACGGUGCACUGAACUUCGGUGGCAAAGCUAAGGAAGGUGAGGAGCGGCCGGCUUUCCACAUUGUUGCGCGAAACGUCGAGACCAUCAUAGGCGAGUUCACAACCAAAGAGCGCAUCUUCUACGACCGGUUACGAGACCGCACACAAGCUCGUCUUGACGAGAUGAUGGGUGGUGAGAAACAGGAUUACAUUGGAGCGUUGGUGUUGCUCCUUCGCCUGCGACAGGCUUGUAAUCAUCCGAACCUCACAAAGAGCAAUGUCAAGGGUGACAAGGACGCUUUAACUACCGGUUCAAAUUCGAACGCUGCAGCUGGCCUCCAGACUCCUAGGAAGGCCGCAGCCAAAGACGAUGCCGACGACCUAGCAGAUCUUCUAGGUGGACUCAGCGUUGCGGCAAAGCGCUGUGACAUAUGUCAGAACCACCUCAAUAGUGAUAAUACAGCUGCUGGUGGAGCGCGUUGUACGGAGUGCGAAGAAGAUCUUCUAGGGUCUACUAAGAAGUCUAAGAAGCACAAGUCGAAGAAAGACCGCAAACAUAAGCACAAGGAUGGCAAGUCUAAAAAGCACCGGCAAGCGAAACCAGUCAUAGAUUCCGAUGACGAAGAAGAGGAGCAAAAACCAGCCGCCUCGAAGCAUUCUCGCAAUCGCCGCGUCGUUGUCGAUAGUGACGACGAAGAAGAGGAGGGCGAAUGGCUCGUUCCUGAGGACCAGCAACAUGCUGAAGAUUUGGGCAAGGCUGGUGGCACCGACGAUGAGAAUGCUGAAGGAGGCGGCGAUACGCUUGCUACUGUCGACUCAGAUACAUCUGCGGACGAGGAUGAGAGCAGGAGCAAUCUGGAUUCUUUCGUCGUUCAUGACACUGAUAGCGAAGACGAAGCGCCUGUUGCUCGUAAGAAGCUACUCAAGAAGCCACAAAAGGUCAUCAACCUUGACUCUGAUGAAGAAGAUGAAGAGGCAGACAGUGAGGAAGCCAACAGCGAAAGCGGCAGUGAUUCAGACGCCUCAGACUCUGAGUCCGAUUCAGAAGCCUCUGCCUCAGAAUCCGAGACCUCAGAAGCUUCCUACAACGCCUCGGACCUAGUACCAUCGACGAAGAUCCGGCAACUGCUCGCCAUCCUCGAAAAGGAGACUGAUGAACAUAAGGUCAUCGUCUUCUCGCAAUUCACCUCCAUGCUUGACCUCAUUGAACCCUUCUUGCAACGCGCAGGUUAUAACUUCACCCGCUACGACGGCAGCAUGCGUAACGAUCUCCGCGAAGCAAGUCUCCAGAAGUUACGUGAAGAUAAGCGCACACGCGUUCUGCUUUGUAGUUUGAAAUGUGGUAGUCUCGGUCUCAACCUCACAGCCGCAAGUCGCGUUGUCAUCAUGGAGCCAUUCUGGAAUCCCUUCGUAGAAGAACAAGCCAUCGACCGUGUCCACCGUCUCAACCAGACCGUCGACGUAACAGUCUACCGCCUCUCCAUCCACAACUCCGUCGAAGAGCGCAUUCUCGAAUUACAAGAGGCCAAGCGUAAACUCGCUAAUGCGGCCAUCGAAGGUGGAAAGGCCAUCAAAAACUUGACGAUGAAGGAUAUGAUGGCGUUGUUUAGUCGGGAGAGCGAGUAUGAUCGCAAGCAUGAUGAUGAUGCCAAGGACAUGGAAAUGUAUGGCAGGAGGAAGGUGUUGGAUGGGGACGAUGAUGAAGAUAGAGGGGAGGAGGUUGUUAGGAAGAGUAGGAAGGCGGGAAGUCUGGGCUUCAAGAGGACGGAGAGGAGGGCGGAGGCGGGUGCUUAUGGACGACGUUGA